CAGUGUGACGUCAUGAAGGCUUUACAAUCGAACAGAAAGAAGAAGAAGAAGAAAGCCGGAAGUUAGCAAAACCUUCCAAAACAGACAAAAGAACGAAGACGGCGACCUGCCAUUAAGUUAAAAACAUCAAAAAUGCUGAAAGAGUUGGUGCAGGAGAGACUCAUGGCGGCCGCAGAUGAAAUAUUCGCGCUGGUUGAAAGAACCAUCGCGUGUUACGAGGAGGAACUUUCUAGAACGAGAGAGGAGAAGGAGCGACAUCGACGACAACUGGAAGCAGUUUUGCACACUCGAGACGUCCAGCUUAUGGUUGCUCGAGGAGGACUUCCCCCACAGCUGCUGGGAAAUAUUUCCACUUUAAAUGAAGAGGAUCCGCAGCCCCCCCACAUUAAAGAGGAAGAGGAGGAACUCUGGAUCACUCAGGAGGGUGAGUGUCUUCCAGGGGCAGACGAGGCUGAUCCCACCAAGUUGCCACCGAGUGGUUUCUCUGUGAAGACUGAAGAGGAUGAAGACCAACCCCGAGUGUCCUCACCGCUUCAUCACAGUCCAAGUGAGGAGAACAGAGGGGCGGAGCUUUCAAGCAGCAGCUGGCCGCAACACCCGACAAGAGAAGCGGGCAUCUGUGAAGGUCUACUAUUAAGUAGUGACGACACACACCUUGGAGUGGGCAACUGGUGCGUAGAAGCUUUGAGCGGCGAAAGCGACGGCGAAGGCGACACGAGGACUCACGCCGGCAACAAACACUCUGAGCGCUCUAAAAGGAAGACGGGGAGAAAGCGUUUCCCCUGCUCAGUCUGUGACAAAAUAUUCGCUCAAAAGUGCGACUUCACUCGGCACAUGCGGACGCACACCGGGGAAAAACCCUACUGCUGUCUAGUCUGUGGCGCUCGAUUCGCUCAGAGGUCCACCUUGACCAGACACAUGAAAACGCACACCGGGGAAAAACCCUUCAGCUGCCCGGUGUGCCAGGAGAAAUUCUCCCUGAAGGUAAACAUGCUCUCGCACCUGAGAACGCACACGGGGGAGAAACCUUUCACUUGCUCAGUCUGCGGCGAGGGAUUCUCCCGGAAGAUGCACGUGGUCUUGCACAUGAGGACGCACACGGGGGAGAAACCUUUCCCCUGCUCAGUCUGCGGCGACGCCUUUGCUCAAAGAUCCACUUUGAACAGACACAUGGCAACAACGCACACGAUGGGCUCCGUGGACCACGGCGAGACGUCCAGGGGGUCGCCCGACACAUGCGUCGACUUGGACGUAGAGAAGACAAACUGCGACAGAGGCGUCGACCCGGUCACGCCAGUAUGGACCCAACACCAAACUCCGCCCUUGAGUCCUCCCAAAAUGGCGCAGGCGGGCCCUCGCGGCACACACUGGGGGGAAGACGAGACCGUCUUCUUGAUCCACCAGCUGAAGGAGUUCAACAUCCUGCGCUGCCUGGACGGCCGCAAGCACAGGAACGGCGAGGUCUUCACGCGGGUGGCCAGAGAGUUGGAGAACGCCGGCUUCUGUCGAACCCCGGAGCAGAUCCGCGUCAAGUGGAAACGCAUGAAGCAGCUCUACGUCAAGGCCAAGAAGGACGGCGGCGACGCCAACAUCGCCGACGCCUGUCCCUACUUCCACCUCUUCGACGACCUGCUCGGACGCCCGCUCUCGCAAAGCCAAAGUCCGGCGUACGGCUUGGAUGUUGGCUUCGGGGCUUCCUUUUCAGGGACGUGGACGCGGCGCUCGGCAAAAAGCGACGCGGCCGAGCGCAGCGACUCGCACCCCCGGGAGAUCCGGCCGGCGCCUUCCAACUUAAAGGCCGACGUGUGGCAAUACUUCGGCUUCUACGACGUGCCCGACGGCAGCAGACUGGACAAGAGCCACUGCAUAUGCAAGAUGUGUCGCUGCAAAAUCAAAUACUUGGGCAACACGUCCAACAUGAGAAGCCACGUGACUCGGUUCCACCUGGCCGAGGCGCUGGGGAGACGGCAGGCCGCCGCGGGCGACGCCACAAACGCUGACCCCACAACCCUCGAGGAAGCAAUUAAGAGCGAGCCAGAAGAUCCAAACGAAGAUCCAGAGGAGCGUCCAGAUGCUGAAGAGCCUGCUGUCAGAAUGGAAGAGACGGUCGAAUCGUCACCUUUGACUCCCUCUCCGUCUUAUGUUGAUGCCAGUCCACCUUCUUCCCAGAGAAGUCCUGGAUCGGACUCCUUUGAAUUUUUGAGUGAAAGACCAAGACCAAGGGGGCGGUGGUCCGAGGUGGAGCGCUUCAUAGCCAGUAUGGAGAGGAUCCAGUCCGUCUUGGUGGAACAGUUGCGGCAGAGCCAAGAGAGGCAGGAGAGGCUGGUGAACACCCUCCUCCAAAGCAACCAGUCCAUGGUCGCCGCUCUCCUCCAAAGCAUCCAGAGUCUCAGGCCACAGCCGCCGGACCACCCGUCCCCCCCCGUCAAGGAGGAGGAGGAGGAACUCUGGAUCACCCAGGAGGGGGACUACCUGGUGGAGCCGGACCUCACCGGGGCCCCGCUCGCUGCCGCCGUCUCCGUCCAGAACGAAGGCCACGAAGAGAAACCGCCCGAGUGCAUUCUGAAAAAAACAUCAAAAAUGUUGAAAGAGUUGGUGCAGGAGCGACUAAUGGCGGCGGCUGAUGAAAUAUUCGCGCUGUUUGAGAGAACAAUAGCGUCUUACGAGGAGGAACUUUCUAGAACAAGAGAGGAGAAGGAGCGACAUCGACAACAACUGGAAGCUGCUGGUAAAACUCCCAUUAAAGACUUCCAGCAGCUGAUUGGUCCCACUCAGACGCAGGUGAGGAUCUCCACUCUUAAGCAGAAGGAUCCACAGCCCCCCUGCAUCAAAGAGGAAGAGGUGGAGCCACAGCCCCCCCGUGCCAAAGAGGAAGAGAUCCGGACCCCUCAGGAGGGCGAGUGUCUUCCUGAUCUCACCAAGUUUCCACUGACCGUCGUCUCCAUGAAGACCGAAGACCACCAAGACAAAUCGCCGGAGUCCUUGCAGCUUCGUCACAGUCCAAGUGAGGGGAACAAAGGGGCGGAGCCACCGAGCUGCAGCGUGACAACAGGAGCUGAUGGAGACCCCCGUGGAGCUCCACUGUCCUUUGAGCCUUUGAGCAGCGAUACAGACUGGGAAGGUGAUAUCAGGACUCAAACUGGACACUUUGACCGUUCUAAAAAAUGCUUUACCUGCACAUUUUGUGCCAAACGAUUCACCCUCAAGACAAAUUUGACUCAACACAUCAGAACGCACACCGGAGAAAAACCUUUUAGUUGCUUGAUUUGCCGGAGUACAUUUUCCCGCAGGUCCACUUUAAAAAGACACACGGGGACGCACGCGGGGGAAAAACCUUUCGGUUGCCCUGUUUGCCAUCACCGCUUCGCCCAAAAGGCCGCCCUGGCGUCACACAUGCGGACGCACACGGGAGAAAAACCCUUCGGCUGUUCGGUGUGCGGGAACCGCUUCUCGCACAAGUCCUAUCUGGUGUCACACAUGCGGACGCACACUGGAGAAAAACCUUUCAGGUGUUCAGUUUGCGGGAGCACGUUCUCUCAAAGGUCCACUUUAAAGAGACACUUGCAAACACACGCAGGAGAAAACACUUCUUAGUUGCUCAUUUUGUCGUCAAAGCGUUGAGAUUAAACAUGCUAUUAUUGGAAAA